CCCUUCUUCUAGGGUUUUCUCUCCCUCCCUCCUUCCCUCUUCCCUCUUCCCUCUCUCUUCAAUCCGCCGCGUCGAACUAUAGCAAAACAAUGGGGUCGUCGUCGACGGCCACGAUCAACUCCACGUUCCAGGACCUGGAGAAGCAGUCCUCUCUCAUCACCGCAUGCACUCUCCUUUGGAAGGAUCUCUCCGCCCAUUUCUCCUCCUUAGAACAAUCCCUGCUCUCCAAAUCCCAAUCCCUCCAUCACAAAAUCCUAGCCCUUGAUCAGACCACCCAGCAUUCUCUGGACGUCCUCUCCCAGCGUGAGAUCUCCAUCGGUCCUGCUGUCGACGCUGCUCUCUCCAAAGUCGACGAACGGAAGGAAGCCGCUCUUGUAGCCCUUGAUCAGUCCCCUGCUGGCAGCGACGGACCUAACCAGCCCUCCGAUUCGACUGAUGAGAUCGCCAUCCUCAAACUGCUGCAGUCCUUCUGCACGAAGAUGGACACGGAAGCUUUCUGGAAGUUUCUGACUGGCCGGAAGAAGGACAUAGACGCGAUCCGGUCGUUGAUCUCGCCAGCGCUCUCCGACUGCAUCGAUCCGGCCAGGUUCGCCAUCGAGGCGAUUUCCGGUGUGUUCCCGGUCGAUAAACGAGCUGGGAAGAGCGAGCGGGCCAACGAGGUUGGGUGGGCCUGCGUCUUGAUCUUGGAGUCGCUGGUGCCGGUGCUGGCGGACCCCGUCCUUGGCUCGUCGAGGCCUCUGGUGACGCCGAGCGUGAAGGAGCGGGCAAAGGAGAUCGCUGGCACGUGGAAGGUGGGACUCGAUCAGCGGGGUGGGGUUGAAAGUGCCAAGGCGCCGGAGGUGCACACGUUCUUGCAGCAUGUUGUGACAUUUGGGGUUGUGGCCAAGGAGGAUGAGGAGCUUUACAGGAAGCUUGUUGUUGCGUUUGCGUGGCGGAAGCAGAUGCCCAAGCUCGCGAUUUCACUCGGGCUCAAGGAAAAGAUGGCUGAUAUAAUUGAAGAAUUAAUCACUAAGGGGCAACAGGUCGAUGCAGUGCAUUUUACUUUUGAGGCAGGCCUUGUGGACAAGUUCCCUCCCGUUCCGCUGCUGAAAGCCUACCUAAAGGAUUCAAAGACAGCUGCAACUUCUAUUUUAGAAGAUCGCAACAAUUCUGGUCGAGCUGCGAACAUAGCUGGGCGCAAGGAGCAGUCAGCUCUACGGGCCGUCAUCAAGUGCAUCGAGGAGUACAAGCUUGAAGCUGAGUACCCUCCGGAAAGCCUCAAGAAGCGUCUCGAACAGCUGGAGAAGGCCAAGGUUGAGAAGAAGAAGCCAGUCGCUGCCGCUGCUCCUGCAAACAAGCGCACACGAGCCAGCAGCGGGGGACCGAUGCCUCCGGCCAAGGCCGGGCGCCUGACAAAUGCUUAUGUGUCCUCUUUCCCAGCAGGCCCCACGUUCGUCCGCUCACCCUCAAGCCAUGCCCAAUACCCAACAGGGGUCCCGCCAUACGGAUAUGAUAGGCCAGCGGUGCCUGCCAUGUAUGGCAGCCGGAGUCCCCCGGCUGUCAGGGACCCAUAUGGGUACCCAACACAAGAAGUGCCCCCUCCCACGGUUGGUGGGUCAUACCCUGCCCCGACCAUGAACUAUGCAGCAGCGUAUGGAGGCUAUGGCAAUGGUAUGGCCACUGCUGGGUAUCAACAGACAUAUUACCGGUAGAUUUUAUGUCUGAUUCCGGCGGCAAACUCUUGGAAGCUGAUAACAACUGAUGAUGUUUGACCCCAGCCUCUCAAUUUACAUUAAUGGUUUGUUUAUAAUCUCAGUUAAUCACACUAACUACUUAUGGUAGCAAUGUGAGUGUGUUUUUUUUUUUCCCAUUUGGGGUGGUUGAUCUUCCUGGUGUAUUUCUAAUCCUAGUACUUGCAUCAUGUAGAGAUUAUUUACUAAAAAUAUAUUCUGGAAUGUUCUGUAACUUGGUUGUAGGUGGUAGAGAAUCUGGUACUGCUUGCCAUGCA